CUUCCGAAACGGGGCAGGCUGAUUUAGCCCCUCCCACGAGCUCGAGGGUCUGUUAUAUCUCUGUUCCUUGAGUACCUCUCUUACUGAGACCGACCACAGCAAGCAGAGGCUGAAAAAUAAAGAGCAAAGAAGAAGAAAACAAAAGCUGCCAAUUAUGGAAGAUAGAAGGGAUUCCAGAGUGCUGGCAGCAAAAAGGACAUUUCUGCCACAUCAGUUGUAUCAGGAUGGUUUGGCUUCAAAGCAUUUAAAUCCUGACUCUAAUUGGAUCAAGCAUAAUUCUCAUGCAGCAUCAGAUCAAGAGUCUGAACUGAAGACAUUUUGCUCCAAAAACAUACUGGUUAUCCUUGGCUUCUCCUCCAUCAUUGCUGUGAUAGCAUUGCUUGCUCUGGGGCUGACCCAGAACAAACCAUUGCCAGAAAAUGUUAAGUUUGGGAUUGUGUUGGAUGCAGGCUCUUCUCACACGAGUUUGUACAUCUAUAAAUGGCCAGCAGAAAAGGAGAAUGACACAGGUGUGGUGAGUCAGGUAGAAGAGUGCAAGCUAAAAGGUCCUGGAAUCUCAGAAUUUGCUAAAAAACUAGGAGAAAUAGAUAUUUAUCUGGAGGCAUGCAUGGAAAGAGCCAGGACGGUGGUUCCAAAGUCCCAGCAUGCAGAGACACCAGUUUACUUGGGAGCCACAGCAGGCAUGCGGUUACUCAGGAUGAAAAAUGAAAAUUUGGCAAGCAAAAUCCUGUCUACAGUGGCAGAGAGCAUCACGAGAUACCCCUUUGACUUCCAGGGUGCCAGGAUCAUCACUGGCCAAGAGGAAGGUGCCUAUGGCUGGAUUACUAUCAACUAUCUGCUGGACAAAUUUAUUCAGAAAUCAGGUUGGUUUAACCUGAAGCCAAGGAAAGGUGAUACUCAGGAAACCUAUGGAGCUUUAGACCUUGGAGGAGCCUCUACACAAAUCACUUUUGUGCCCCAAAACCAAGUGCUCGAGUCUCCAGAAAACACACUGCACUUCCGCCUCUAUGGCAAGAACUACAGUGUAUACACACACAGUUUCUUAUGCUAUGGGAAGGAUCAAGCCCUUUUGCAGAAACUGACCAAGGACCUUAAGAAUACAAAUGGAACCAUCCAUGAACCAUGCUUUCACUCUGGAUACCAGAGGAGAAUGAAUGUGAGUCACCUUUAUGAGGCUCCCUGCACCAGGAGAUUUUUGAUGUCUCUUCCAUUUCCUGAACUUGAAAUCCAAGGCACUGGAGACUUUCAGAAAUGCCAGCAAAGCAUCCGUCCACUCUUCAACACUAGUUACUGCCCUUACUCUCGUUGUUCCUUUGAUGGGGUUUUCUUACCAUUACCUCAAGGGGAUUUUGCGGCAUUUUCAGCUUUUUACUAUGUGAUGGGGUUUUUAAACCUUACAUCAGAGGAAGGCUCAUCUCAGUCAAAGAUGACUAGCACAUUGGAAGAGUUCUGCUCUCGGCCUUGGGCAGAGCUGCAGAUGUAUUUUGGUGACGUGAAGGAGAAGUACCUGAGUGAAUACUGCUUUUCUGGCACCUACAUCCUCACACUUCUUCUGAGUGGCUAUCAUUUUACAGCUGAGACCUGGAAGAAUAUUCAUUUCAUGGGCAAGGUCCAGAGCACCAGUGUCGGGUGGACUUUGGGCUACAUGCUGAACCUGACCAACAUGAUCCCAUCUGAAGAGCCAUCAUCCACACCUCUCUCCCACUCCACCUAUGUCUUCCUCGUGGUCCUUUUCUCCCUAAUCCUGGUCAUAGUGGUCAUCAUCGGCCUAUUUGUCUGCCACAGGCCUUCAUAUUUCUGGAAAGAUAUGGUAUAGCAGGAGCAACUGAAAUCUGCUGGCUGGAGUGAGAAGAAAACUCGCUCAGGGAGCACUUUCCUCUGCAGUGGUGUACAAGGUCAUCGUUCCUUGCUCACCAAGGCCAGUCUUGACCAGCAUGAAGUUUCCUUGGCUUCUGCUGAAGCCUUUCUGUGGGAGGUAUUCACCACCCUCUGCCUCAAAGACUUCCUGGCAGACAUUAUCUCUCUCGUGAGUCUUUCCAAACACCCCCUUUUUCUUUUGUACUCUGUGCUGGGUAGGUCUUAAAGACCUGCCUCCUUUCAUGAUCUUUGCUUUAUAAAGAGCAACAUUGACCUGGUCCAGAAGAACUGAGAAUCCUGAGUCCUGUGCUGGGAAGUUGCACUCGCUAAAAGAAGAGUCUUGGGAACUGAUUAAGUUGUGGUCUUACAGACCCGCUCUCUCUCUCUCCCUCUCCCGUUUCCCAUUUUUUUAAGAAAGCCAUAGAAUGCCUUUGGAGAAGACAGACACGCAUCCCAUUCCCAGCCUGCCCUUUGCAUGGGAGAAUUUUCUAGACUAGGAGAAUUUUCUAGACUAGGCAAAUAUGUGCUAAGGCAAAAGAGGCUUGCGAAGGAACUUAUGUGCUUAGGCAGUUAAUACUGUAGUUAAUCCAAGCCAAAAGAAGAACGUGGAUGAGUCACAUAUUCCUGGGUGAUGUCAAAAUGCUGCAAAGUGGAAUACUCAGACCAGAGAUUAUUUUAAAAGCUGCUGUACAUACAAAUAGGCAUUCAGAUAUCAGGGCAUAUUAUCUGUGUACAUACAGAGGUACACGUGUCAGGAAGAAAAAUACAAUUACAGCACAAGGUCGGGAAAAUGCAUCCUCAAUACAUCUAUUGGGAUUUUGUUUUUAUUGUGGUAAAAUGCAUAUAACAUAAAAUUCGCCAUUAUAACAUGUACAAUUUAGUGGCAUUUAGUACACUCACAAUGUUGUACAACUGUCACCACUAUCUAAUUCCACAAUGUUUUUAUCACCAAGAAACUGGCUGGAGACAAGACCAUCCUGGGGUAGGCUUGAACCAUCAUCCUGGGGUAGGCUUGAACCAUCCAUUUAGCCAAACACGCUAACCAGUUGCACCACAAAGAUGCUCACUGAGUUUUAAAACCAUGCCAUAGCUUACUGUCCCAGGGCUUAAUUUAGUGAGAGAGUCACAUCUGCAAAUGUUGUUGCCAGUUCUAGGUAUUUUUGCUUUAAGCAUCUUUGCCAUAAACAUCUUUGCCACAAGCACUUUUGCCUAUAAACAUUUUCGCUUCAUAACCAAUUGGCUGUAAAGAAAACUUUCCAUAAAAGAUAAAAUAAUGAAAAAUAAAAGAGGGACAAUCAGAAGGGCAUAAUGAAAUGAAUAACAAUUUGAUUUUAUUGUGAAAUAUAAAAUAUUUGAGUACAUUUAAAAUGUGUGUGGAUUCCUGGCAAUACUGCAAAUAAUUUUUAUUUUGUGGGUUAUACCCAAGCACUUGUCUUCCAAGUCUUUCAUUCAUGGCAUUUUAUACCACCCCACCCCACCUCUUUUGGCCCUGCCUAUGGUAUAAAGAAGUUCCCAGGCCAGAGAUAGAACUUGAGCCAUAGCAGCGAUGACACCAGAUCCUUUAACCACUAGGCCACCAGAGAAGUCCAGUCUUUUCAUUUGCUUUGUUUUUUUGCUCAUCGAUUUCUCCCCUUGUUUGGCAUUGUACUUUUUCUUUUUCAUUAAAAUUUCUUCCUUCAUUAAGGUGACUAUCGUUUCUAAAUACUUGGAAGCAUCUCUGUAACUGAGCUUUGUGCUGUGUUUUGAAAACUUCUACACACUUGUUGUUUGUUGUUGGCAUAUUGUCACAUGUCCAUUGAUAGACAUUCCAAAGUUCUGUGGGAAAUGUGGUUCAAUUCUGUACUUUCCAGGAUCUUGGCCUCUUUCUUCUCCAAUGUAGUGUGUUUCAAAAUAAGAAAACAACUCUUGGGGCAAAUCGUUGUCAUCUGACAGCUUGAUACAGCCAUUAGUAAUGUUACCAACUGGAAAAAUGCUAAUGCAUUUCAGCCAGUUGAAACCAAGUUGUCAAACCAAAAACUGUCCCUCAAUUAUUUUAUUUUUCAUGGGAAUAUGCCUUACAGCCGAUUAGUUAUUCGAUGAAAAUGUUUGCAGCAAAAAUGCUUGUGGCAAAGAUGUCUAUGACAAAGAUGCUUAUGGUGAAGGUACCUAGAACCCAUUUCAAAAUGUAAUUAAGAUAUGUUAUUAAUGAGAUAAUUUGUUUUUCAUAUUGUUUUUGAAAUCUGUUGUGCAUAUUAUACUUACAACACAUGUCAAUCAAGACUACAUUUCAAGUGCUUGAGAGCCACCUGUGACCAGUGACUACCAUAUUGAAUAGCAAAUGUCUAAAAGGACAUUCAGAGCUAAAAAGACACAGGCAAAAAUACUUUUUCUUUUGAGGGAGGAUUUUUUUUACAACAGCUAUAGAUGCUAUAACAUUACCUACCUUAAUAUGAAAUUUAACAUUAUUCUGAAUAAGCUUUUAAGAUCUCAGCUCAGAAUUUCACUUUAUUCCUGGUUUUGUUGCCUUUUUUUGAACACAGAGAUGCCUGUUAUUCAGGCCAACAUGCCUGAUGAAAGACCGCUGGGAAAUUUAAUCUGGAUUCAAAGAUAAUACAAGAUAAUCUGGAUGCUUAUAUUCUAUAGUCAAAAUGUAAAUUUAAACAUUAAAAUAAAUGUCUCCUAAUAGCUCACAGAGCAAAAUUUACCAUAUAGUAGUAAAGUUACUAUUAAAAUAUAUUCUCAUUUAUUGUCAGUUUGAAAGAUGAGAUGAAUUUCACCCAAACUGGUCUCAUCCCUCUCUGAUUUAGAUUCUAAUAGUUGCUAUGUUACUAAAACAUGACAGUUGCUCAUAGUUAGCUGUGCUCACUAGCCGGGUAUUUCUUUCGGUUUGGUAUUUCUUUCAGUUAGUGCUAGUUUUCUUGUUUUGUUUUGUUUUAAUUUCUUGUAACAACCUCCAAGUUUUGGUGCCUUACCACAAUAAACAUUGAUUUUCAUGUUCA